CGGGCACAACCACAAAAUAAAAGUUUACCUAUGUGGGAAAACACCAAAGAGCUAAUAAUAAACCAGAAAGAAAUAAGGAUGGAUAAGGCUGGGGAAGAUUGGAAAGGAUUAUGAAAACGACCUUAAGAAAUUCAGGCUGUUUAUUUGGAAGAUUCGCUAUUAACGUAACUGACUGUCAAGUUUACAACGCCUGAUCUUGUGACUGGUUUCCUGUUGCAGUGUUACCAGGGAAACCAGGUAAGCCCGAAGUACGCCCGGGAUCUAUCACAGCGGUCAUCAUGUGGGAGAAUGGAGACAGUGGUAAUGUGCCUUUUGAGAAGUUUGAGAUCCAGUCCGUCAAGGAUGACGUCACAGAAUUUACGACUCAAUGGGAAGCGAAUCCCGACGAUACUAAAAAGAACCAAUCAUUCGUUUACUACACGGUCGGAAACCUGAAACCUAACACUGGUUACCGGUUUAGAAUCAUCGCGUGGAACGAAGUGGGGGCCUCGGAACCAUCCGAGCCUUCAAACAAAGUAUUUACAGGUAGCGCUGAAGACGACACGGAAGAUUUCUACAAAGAGUGGUGGUUUAUACUACUCAUGGUCCUGUUCUUUGUUAUUCUCAUUCUUUUGAUCAUCGGUUUUGCUUUCAUUUGUUACCGCCGCAGGAAACAGGCAGAUCAAGACUCGUCUGGAGGCAUCUCCACCACUCAAAGCACUCUUGAGGUGAUGAGAACUUCAAGGAACGGAACGAUAAGGAGUGGAACUAUUCCCAGCGUUCAAAUUACUUACCGGGACGAUGCCGAGCCGGAAGAGGACGUGAGCAGCCUGGGUUCCAAGGAGGAGCUUUCAGACAGCGAUAGUGGAGUGUCAGAGGUUACUUACAAACGGAAACAAGAUGUUACCUUCGUGAACCACUACGCUAACAAUCCUAACCACAUGCAAUGGAGAAACUCGCUUGGUCGACCUAGGCCGACGUCAGACCGAAAUCUUAUCGAGCACACUACGGAAGAAUCCGACGCUCCCGAUGAAGUUCCGAUAUCGAGACCUCUUAAGUCGUUCUCUGUGACGUCAUUACCAAGGGAUCAUCGGGAUGGUCCACCCGCUUAUGACGGCCGUAGGUACUUGGCAAAAUCCGCUGAUCAGUUAGACCGCAUUGAACGGUCUCAACUUCCUCCCGAGGCGGUGACGUCGUUUAUGUCACCCGAGUACGAACAGAAGCAGAAGAGACCAGCUUAUCAUGAUCGCAGAGAACCUUACUCGCGCUCAAGGGCCCCGCGACCCACGGGACCGUUACGCAGGUCACGGGAUCAGAUAGAUUACAACGACGAUAGUAGUACGCCGCCACAGUCACCAACGCGCCCAAACACUGGAAACUUCCCUUACGUACCGAAGACAGAGAUUCAGAACCGAAACAGGAGAGAACCCAGAAGUAGCAGUUUUCGAAGAGCCCUUGAAUUCGACCCGAACCCGCGGGAUUCUGACGGGAGCUCAAAAUAUUCCGAUGCGGCCUCGUCAAGCAGCAAUGACCACCGAGAUAAUAGGACCCUUGUAAACUCGAGUGGUCCACCGAGAAUUCAGUAUGACGAGGAACCCGGUCGCAGGAGACGGCCACAACUGCCAAACCUGGCAGUACCAACACAUAAACAGUCGCGGUCCCGCAACCCGCCUUCUCCGUCCACUCCAAUAUCUCCAGCUCCUUCGUACCACACCGUAGACCCGGUAUAUGGCGGUAAGAUAUCUCCUGUACCGUCCCACAAAGGUUCAAGUCGAGACUCUCCUAGCGACCAUUCCGACGGAGGGAGAAAUCCUCCUCCAGUGAUGUAUCUGGACAGGAUGGGCCAUAAUAAUGACAAUUUCCAAUCCAGUGAACCGCAUAUUUCAUCCUAUUCUUCGUUCGUCUAGAGCUUUAAAUUAAGUUUUAAUUUAUAGUUGUUAGUUGCGAGGUGUAACCUCUUCCGAGAAACUUGAGCUAUAGGUCACUUGUAAAAGUCCAAAAACCUAGUCCAUCUGAGAGCAGAAAACUUGCGUAGAAUUUUUUUAAGGGGGAUGAAACCUGAUAUAUUCCCAAGAAGACGUUUUGUUAAUAGUAUUUAUAUUUUAAGUUUUUAACAAAUUUCGGUGCUUCUAAGCCCUAGUGUUUUUACUGUUACGUUUAGUUUUGUAUAAGCAUGUAAAUAUAUGUAAGGAAAGCAUAAAUGUAAAUGUUGAAUGCUCUAGUAUUUUUAUAUCGUAGCAUAACAAAGUGUUGUAAAUUUGUCUUAUUUUUAUAUCCAUUCGCUGAAGCUUCUCUAAUGAUCGCUUUGAAUAGAUAGCUUGUUUAAAGUGAUUGCAACAGCAACUUAAGAUGUAUUUUUAAUGUAAAUACUUUAAGAAUGUAAAUCAAACUCUACAAGCCGUUGUUCGUGAUUACAGUAAAACGAGAAUCUUCGUAGGUAGGUUGUAUAGUUUUAAGGGCUAGGUAUUUAUAUAUUACGUGACAUAGUUUUUUCCUUUUUUUCCUUUUUUUUUUCUUUACGUGACAUAGUUACAAACUCAAACCUGAACGACUUGUUCACAGCAUUUACAUGUGACACUCCCACCUAUUUUUACGUCGGAUUUUUGUCACGUACUAAAAUAACCUUCAAAUCGGAGAAAAUAAUAGCUUCCUAAGAUAGAGACACACUAAAGAGAUAUAACAGACGAAAAAGGAACAAUGAUAGCUAUUAAGAAUGGGAGGCUUGA